UAUAUCCUAGGGCGCUCCAUCUACAACGCGUAUUUCCAUCCCCUGGCUCGCUUUCCUGGACCAAGAACAUGGGGGUUUACCCGGCUUUUCUUCAUGACCUCGCUUUUCAGGGGAAAUCUGCAUAUGCAAAUCAAAUCCUUCCAUGAUUUAUAUGGACCGGUUGUGCGUGUGGCACCAAACGAGCUGUCCUUCAUCGAUGGCGCGGCUUGGGAAGAUAUCUACACCAAAUUCAACAAGAACAAGGGCUUACCUAAAAAUGAUGUCUUUAUGUCCCAAGAUUUCCACAGCUUUUUUGACAGCAUCGGUGAGGAGCACACUCAGGUCCGGAAAACGCUUGCGCAUGCCUUUUCCGAGCAGGCCCUGGCCAACCAAGAGCCCGUCAUUCAGGCGUACGUGACCACAUUAGUAAACAAGCUACAUGAGGUGGCACAGGAUGGAAAGAUUAUUAACAUCGUGGAAUGGUUCAACUGGUUUUCGUUCGACGUAACGGGAGCACUCACUUUCAGCGAAUCGUUCGAUCAGCUGGAAGACACAACAACUCACCCUUGGACAAAAAUGAUUUCCAGUCAUCUUACAUAUUCAUCUUUCAAUGCUUGCCUUCGCUUCUGGCCUCCACUCGACCGAUUGUUGCCUCUACUUGCUCCACCUUCUCUUCGUCGACUCAAACGCUCGUUUCUUGCCAUGUCCCGCGACAAGGUUCAGCGCCGUCUCGAACGCGAGGACCUCCAGAAGCUGGACGAUAUUGUUGCGACUUAUUUCUCGGCAGCUAACAAAGGGGAGGACAUCCUGACCACGGAGACGCUAGUCGGUACCUUCACCUUUUUAAUCGUUGCUGGGAGCGAAACAACCGCCACCGCGCUGGCCGGUAUCACGAACGUUCUUUGUCAUCAUCCUCAAGCCCUGGCACGCCUGAAGGAGGAGGUCCGAUCUGUCUCAAAUGCGAGUGACCUGACCAUAGCCUCCACGGCUGCAAUGCCCUAUUUGUGCGCGGUCAUCAAGGAAGGUCUCCGUUUUUGUCAUCCCGUUCCUGCCUCCAUUAGCCGCAUCGUUCCCCAGGAAGGUAAGGUUAUCGGUGGUCACUUUGUUCCUGGUAAUACCCUCGUCGGGAUCCCGCAAUAUGCUGCUUACUUUUCGGAAACAAAUUUCGAAUCGCCCUACGAGUUCCUGCCAGAAAGAUGGAUUGGAGGGGACGGUUCAGAAGAAGCCAGAUCUAUUUUCCGUCCUUUCGCAGUAGGUGGGCGGAGCUGCUUGGGCCAGAAUCUGGCACGGGCGGAGCUUCGUCUGGUGCUAGCACGCGUCAUCUACGAUUUCGAUCUGGAGAUGGAGCACGACUUGAGAUGGCACGAUCAGAAAUCGUACUUUCUCUGGCAUAAAGAACCGUUUUUGGUUCGAAUU